GGCUCAAGUCCUGGGCCUUUCACGGCUCCCAUUUUCCACCGGCAGCUUCUAGUUCCAAUCCUCGCCCGCGAUGUCGCGUGAGGAGCAGCCGCAGGCGGGUCGGGGUGCCUCGGGCCGGCUGCCGGUUCUGCUGGGCCGAAAGCAGGAGGCAGCGGCGGAAGAUUUGGAAGCCGACAAGGCCGAGGCUGCUGAGGUGACGGGGGCGUCAAGAGAACCCUCCCACAUCGAGCACAGCAGCCUGGACGUCUUGGCGGAGACCUCCUGGGCCGAGAAGCUGAGCCUGGCCUGCGGGGCCUUCCUCGCCCUGCUGCAGGGCAUCUCCUCGCCGCUGAUCGCCAUCUUCACCGCUGACAGCAUCACCACGCUCACCACCACCGAGCCCUCACUGCUCCUCGACACCAUGACGGACCCCCUCAUCAAAAUCGGCCUGCUGGCGAUGGCUCAGUUCCUGCUGGGCUGGGCCUGGAAUUGGCUCCUGGGCUGGGCGGCGGCGAAGCAGGCGUUCAGGUGGCAGAUCAAGUACCUCAAGUCCCUGCUCUCCUUGGACGUGCCCUGGUAUGACGCCCACGAGCCCGCAGGACUCGCCGCGCGGCUCGAGGGCGAGAUCGCCUCCGUCUACAUCUUCCAGUCCGCAGCGCUGGGGUACCUCAUCGCCUCCAUUGGGCAAUUCGUGUCCGGCAUCGUGGUGGCUUUUGUGAACAGCUGGCAGCUCACGCUCAUCGUGUGCGGCGUGGCGCCUUUCUUGGUGCUGGCCGGGAACCGCCUCGGCAAGGAGGUGGCGCGCCAGUUCGAGGUGCAGCAAGCGGACUUCGCCCGCGCGUCCGGUGUGGCGGAGGAGGCGCUCAUGGCCAUCCGCACCGUGGCGGCCUUCGGGGGCGAGAAGCAGACGCUGCACCGCUUCGAGUCCGCGCUGACCUCCGCCCGCUCCGAGGGCGUGCUCUCCGGAGUGAAGAUCGGCUUCGCCUGGGGCUGUCUGAACUUCAUCUACGCCCUGCUGUAUGCCAUGAGCCUGUGGCUGGGCGGGCACUACCUGCUGAAGGGCGAGGACGUGGAGCAGUCCGGGAAAGUGAUUGUGGUGAUGAUCUCGUUGAUUGUGGGCAUCUCCGGCAUCAGCAUGUUCUCCGGGCACGCGCCCACCAUGGCGCGGGCCAUCGUGUCCGCCAAGUCCAUGAAGGAGGUGAUCCACUGCAAGGCCCACGACAUCGAGCCCGAGAGUCUGGAGCUGCAGGUGGAGGAGGAGGAGUUGCAUCUCGAGACCAUCGAGUUCAAGGAUGUGUGCUUCAGGUACCCCAUGCGCCCGGAGCGCCUGGUGCUGAACAACUUCAGCUUCCGCGUGGAGCGGGGCCAGAAGAUCGCCUUUGUGGGGGAGAGUGGCUGCGGUAAGAGCACCACGAUCCAGCUGUUGGAGCGCUUCUAUGAUCCCGUGUCAGGUGAGAUCCUCAUCAACGGCGUUCCGCUGUCGCUUCUGCACGUCAAGAACUGGCGGAAGCUCAUCGGCUUCGUGGGCCAGGAGCCCGUGCUCUUCGCCACCUCCGCGAUGAAAAACCUGAAGAUGGGUGAUGAGUCCAUCACCGAUGAGCAGGCCAUCGAGGCGGCAAAGCAGGCGCAGAUCUACGACACCCUGCAAAUGUUGCCGGAGCAGCUGAACACCUUCGUCGGCAUGGGAGGCGGCCUUUUGUCUGGCGGCCAGAGGCAGAGGGUCGCCAUCGCCCGCGCCUUGGCCAAGCAGCCCCAGCUGCUCCUUUUGGACGAGGCCACCUCCGCCCUGGACAAUGAGUCAGAGCGGAUGGUGCAAGAGACCUUGGACUCGUUGAACGAGAACGAAUCCCUGAGCAUCACCAGCAUCUCCAUCGCCCACAGGCUGACCUCCAUCAUGGCCUCGGACGUCAUCUACAUGCUGAAAGACGGAACCUGUCUGGAGCAGGGCACCCAUGAAGAGCUCAUGGCAAGGCAGUCGCACUACUACAACAUGGCCCAUUUGCAGCAAGCGACAUUGGAGGAUGAGCGCAGCCCAGAUGACGCAGACACCAUCCCCCAGGAACACCUGGAGCUCCAGCAAAUCCCCAUGGCCUCGCUCAGGAGCUCUGGUACAGGAGUCACUGUGAUGUCCAGCCCACGGAAGCAGAUGAAACAUGUGAGCACCGCCUUUUCCCUCUGGUCCGUCCCCAAGGAGCAGUUCGAAGCGGCGGCGUCGGUGGCGGCACCGGCGAAGGGCGUGUUCUGCCGUCUCUUCCACCUCGCAAGGCCGGACUGGAUCAUCAUGCCCUUCGCUUUCCUAGCGGUGCUGCUGGCCUCGGUGAUGACGCCGGCGCAGGCCUUCUUCUUCAACCAGGGGAUCAUCAGCCUCUACGAGGUCGACGAGGAAGGCUUGGAACUUCUGGACAAGGCGUGUUUGGGCCUGGCGCUGGUGGGCCUCGCAUCUGGGGCCUCCGUGCUGAUCCAGAACGGGGUCUUCACCUACAUGCAAGAGAGCUUGGUGCUGACCCUGCGCAAGAGGGCCUUUGCCAGCACCAUCUGCAUGGACAUGUCCUUCUUCGACGCCCCAGAGAACCAGGUCGCCAGCAUCCUGGUGUCCUUGGAGAGGCACAUGAACCGCGUGGGUCAAAUGCUGGGCAUCAACCUCGCCAACACGACCGCGGGAAUUUUUACAUGUGUCAUGAGCGUGAUCUUCAGCUUCUUCGGGUCAUGGCAGUUGGCCAUCAUUUUGCUGCUGCUGAUGCCGGUCUGUGGCUACCUGGGCGUGAAGGUGGCGGUGUGCGCCAACACCCCCUCCAAGGCGGCGGAGAUGGCCUACGCAGUGGCCGGCAAGACCACCACAGAGGCGGCCACUCAGAUCCGCACGGUGCGGGCGCUGGGAGCGGAGAAGCAGACGCUGGAGAUCCUGUCGGAGAGCCUGCAGGUGGUCUCGGAGUAUAACGCGUCCUCUGCGUGGAAGAAGGGCUUCUCCUUCGGUUUGAGCAUGGUGCUUUUGCAGGUCAUGUACCUCUCAGGAUUCGGCCUCAGCGCGGUGUUUAUCCAGACCGGAAACACGGAUCCCAACAAGGUGCUGCUCACGCUCUUCUGCGUGGUCUUUGGGGUGAUGUCGGUGAGCACCUUGGCGCAGUACUUGCCGGACUCCGCCUCUGGACAUCAGGCCGUGACGGCGGUCUUCCACCUCAUGGACCAGGUGUCCAAGAUCGACGCCACACGUCCCACCGGCCGGGUGGAAGACAUGGGCGACGGGACCAUCGAGUUUAAGGAUGUCACCUUUUGCUACCCCUUCCGGCCGAACGUGCGCGUGCUGAAGCAUUUGUCCCUCACAAUCAAGAAGGGAUCAGCAGUGGCCUUUGUUGGCUUCUCGGGCAGCGGGAAGAGUACGGUGAUCUCGCUGCUGCAGCGCUUCUACGACCCCCAGGGGGGCGCCAUCCUGGUGGGGGGUCGGAACUUGAAGAGCUUCAAUGUGGCCUGGUGGCGGCGCAACGUGGGCGUCGUCUCCCAGGAGCCCGUGCUCUUCGAUGUCUCUUUGGAGGAGAACGUGAAGUACGGCUAUCCGGAGGCGACCAAGUCCCAAGUGGAGGAGGUGGCGCGGAUCGCGCACAUGGACUACGUCUUCUCCGGCGCCGUGAAGUGGAGUGAUCGAGUCGGCCUGCGCGGAGAGAAGCUCAGCGGGGGCCAGAAGCAGCGCUGCGCCAUCGCGCGCGCCCUGCUGCGCCGACCCCAGCUGAUGCUGCUGGACGAGGCCACCUCCGCGCUGGACUCCACCUCGGAGAAGUUGGUGCAGCAGGCCAUGCAGGACGCGCGGGUGGGGAAGACCACCAUCACGGUGGCGCACCGCCUCUCCACCAUCCGCUCCAGUGACGAGAUCUUCGUCUUGCAGAGCGGCCGCAUUGUGGAGCGAGGCAACUACCAGGAGCUCAUCGCGCUGGAGGGGAGCUUCGCCAAGCUGGCGAGGAGCCUCUGAUCCUUCGAGGCGAUCGAGCGACAGGUGGUGCAACCAAUUCAUGUCUUUGGGCAAAUGAAAGCGCGGCCUGAUCGACCUGCUUCCUAUUCCGUCCUGCCUGUUUCCCA